CACGGAGCUAGAGGGGAGCGGCCAUUGAUAGACUUGUAAAGACAACACAGACAGGACACUACAGGUUAACACCAUAGACUGGCGACAGCAUCAUGAGCAAAGCUACUGUGGACGCCUGGCUCGAUCAUGCAUCCACCUUGCCUCGCAAACCACGUAUCCGCCUGCGCGUGGUGACCAACUCAAAAGGCUAUGUGGAGCUGGACCUGCACAACCGGAACUUGUCCGUGGUGCCCCCCGAGGUGUUCCAGUUCACCAGGAUCGAGGUCCUCAAGCUGUCCCACAACAAGCUGGAGCAGCUCCCGGUCAUGCUGUCCUAUCUCCGAGGUCUACGGCUCCUCCAGCUCCAGAAUAACCUCAUCACAUCUCUACCACAGACCCUUAUCAACUGUAAACAUCUGACCGAGCUCAACCUCACCAACAACAGGCUGUCAUCGCUGCCCAAAAGUGUAUGUUCGCUGCAUCUCCUGAAAGUCCUCCAGAUUGGAGAGAACGAUUUAGAGCAGAUUCCCCAUGAAGUGGGCCUACUGACCAACCUGAAACACCUGGACUUGCACCAGAACAAGCUGUGGUAUCUGCCCUUCUCCAUCCAGAGUCUCAGCAAGCUACUGUUCCUGAACCUGGCCAACAACCUCCUGGACCAGGUCCCAGUCCCGGUAUGCAAACUGUCCUCCCUCCAUGUCCUCAACCUCUCUCAGAACAGGCUGGCUGCUCUCCCACCAGAUUUUGACUCCUUGAAGCAACUCAGGGAACUCAACAUCAGCCUCAACCAGUUCACAUCACUCAACACCAUGGUUACACGGAUGAGACAUCUCAAGUUCCUUAACAUCUCCAAAAACAGACUCACUGUUCUUCCCAAUGAACUGACUCGACUGCAAGCACUCCGAGUGCUCCAUGUCCAGGGCAACAAGCUCACAACCAUCCCCGACAAAUUUGAUAACCUGCAAUACCUUAACAUCUCCAGCAAUGACUUCACCAGUUUCUCAGUGUCACGCAUGAAGAACCUGAUCUGCCUGAAUGCUGCUCACAACAAACUGGAGUCUCUACCCCAGGGUAUUUUUGACCUCACUCAUCUGAAGUACCUGCGUAUGGAGCAAAAUAAGAUCUAUGACAUCAACCCCCAGAUUGUCCAGCUGACCAAACUCCAAACCCUUGACCUCAGCUAUAACAAGAUCAACGCCUUGCCUGACAACAUGUACAAGUUGGAGAACCUGCACAAGUUUAAUAUCAAGGGCAACACCAUUGUUCAUGUCAAGAACAUGCCCAAGAAUGUUCAGCCAGAGAAAGAGUCAAAGAGGCUGUUUGGAAUUUUCAAAAAGAAAGACCCUGUAACAGAUGAGAAUUCAAAGUCAAAUACUUUCAGAUCAUCAAGACCUUUGACAAGAAGACCCAUCCCAAGAGAUGGCUCAAAGACUCUCGGUCAUAACUUUUCCAAGCCUCCACCGAAAGGUAACAGAAGGUCUAGAAGUGAAACGCUCAUGGGGAGGAUGUCAGCCAAGGAAUACCAGACAAAGGGGAAGAAGUCAGCCUUGGAAUAUCAGACUAAGGAACUCAGCACACUGUUUCUUGAGGAAGACAGUAUGAGUCUGGAUUCCAGGACAUCGAUCAGGACCUAUCGCAGUGAGCCAAACCUGACAAAGAUUGGCAAGUCUCCCGACUCAGGCGUGGCCCGGACUGAGCCACCACUCGGUGACCUGAUGCCACAGGUGACUGACUACACGCUGCUGGGUGUCUGCAACCAGCUCGAGAUGAUGCUCAACAAGCAGCUACUGCAUCCUGUCAUUGCCAACAACACCAUAGGGAAGAGAUUCUCUGAUGACCGCACGAUACAGAAAACCCAGACUGGGGUGUGGCGACUGAGUCAGGAUGCGACUGUGGAGAAUUAUGGCCUGGAGUACAGUCAGCCUGAGACAUUCACUAUCACGCAGUCCGGAGGCUCCUAUGUCUCCAGCUUCGACAGCCGCAUACAGGUCACUGCUCCCACCAAUGCCUUCAUCAACACGGUACAUGCUACACUUCAGGUCCUUCGCAUCAAGCACAGCCUGCUGGCAAAGAUCAAGUCCAUGGACCGUUAUGUCGAAAAUCUGCUAGCCUUUGGCCCAGUAAUUUAUUUCAAGCUCCUAGAGUCACAGGCUGUCAUCAACAGUGCUGUGACAAUCACCAUCCCAGCUCCGCCCGAAAUGAGACGUGGUCACUUGAUGGUUGUGACUGUAAGGGCAGACAACUCCUGUACGCCUUGUUCAAGUGGCUACCAGUCAGCAAAAGGAGCGGUCACCUUCAAUGCCUGGCACUUGACAGGGAAGGUGGCGGUGGUGACAAAGGCCAAGUGUAAGUACAAGGCAUGCAAGUCAGUGGAGGAGCUGCUUCAGAGUCUUGGUGUCCGACAGAAAGGGGCAGAUAACUGAAGUCCAACAAAAAAGGGCAGAUAACUAUGGUCUAGCAGAUAGGGGCAGAUAACUGAGGUCCAACAGGAUGGAGUGGAUAACUGAAGUCAUACAAUAAGGAGAAAAUUCUGUAAAGACUGUGUAGGAUAACAGAAGUGCCAUCUAGAAUGACAUUUUUGGUAUUCUCUCUGCCAAUAUCGAAAAGGGACUGCUAGAAUGAUGAAAUGUGGUAACAGGAUGUGGUGUUGCUGGAACUUUAUUGUGUGUUGUGAAUCACAUCAGUUGUGUUCCCUGUGGAUUCACUGGAACUGUGUGUUAUGCAGGUUGUGAGGUUCUAUCUACUGCCUCGUUUGUGCUAUAACACUCUUUAUUAACUGAUUGGUGGCUGGUGACAGUGUGUGGUAAGCUGAUCAGUACCAUCAGUGGCCUGGAAGGGAGUCAAGAGGCCUUCAUUGGAGGUGUCAAUAGUGGAUAGGGGGUUGUCAGCCUUGGUCACUUACAUGAUGUUCUGUGAUGGUCAUCAUAUCAUCCCCAGGUUUGUCUGGUCCAGGCUCGAUUAUUUACAGAACUCCACCAUACAGCUGGAAUAUUGCUGACUGCAGCAUAACACAACAAACGACACAUCUUCAAACCUCUCACAAUUUGAUGUUCUCCAGUUGUUUUACUCUGUCCCUGUAUCAUCAGUUUGCACAAUCUCUUGGCUGACAAUGUACAGCUGGUCAAUCUCAGAUGGAAUAACUGACCUGAAGACAUGCUACAGUUGCAGCAACACCGGCACUACACCAGCCAACUCUUACAUGCAACUGCACUUUAAUUAACUAUUGUUAAAGAAACAUAUCUUCCUUUGCUGGAAGAAGAUGAAAAACACCACUGUUUGAACACCCUAGACAUGUAGUGUCUGUGAGUUUGUGUUGCUACAUUUUCAACAAAGUUUUGUGACUGGCUUUUCUCAAAAGUAAGUUUACAAAAGUAUGAAACAUUUUCUCUGCAGGUUGAGUUUGUGAAAGAAAUAAAACGCCUAUAGUUUCUGAUAAAAACAUUCUCUUGCAGUGAAGUGAGGUAUUUUGAGGCAUGUUAAUGUAGGUGUGACUACUUCAAAUAACCAAAGUCACAUCAGAAUGGGCAUGUAGUAAACUGGGAUGAAGGAUCACAUGAUUAAAUCUAGGAUGGACUCUGUGGCAAUGUAGAGCUCCCUGGAAAGUUUAGUUUGUGUUUAUGAAUACAGAGGAGGCAUGAGGAUACAGACAUGAAUCCCUUAUGUGGACAGUCAAAUUGUCACAUAUUGGGGUAUGAGAAUGUGGACAUGUCACUGUGACGGUGAAAAGUGUGUAUUUGCAUGAAGAUUGUUGUGUAUGUAUGUAGAAUAAAUGUUUUUUCU